GAGAAGAUGAGUGAGGAGAACUCUGAUGAAGUGAAGAUGCUGGAGGCUCAAAUCGAGCGUCUUCAGGCUGAGGUGGAAGUUUUAAAGCUCCAGCAGCAGGAAAACCAUAAAGACUUAACUCUGCACUUCCCGGGACACAUGCGGGACGCCCUGGCCCACCUGUGUGGGCAGAGAGCGGCCGGAGGGCAGGAGGAGGUGCUUUCCAAGCUGAGGGAGGAGAUCCAGGAGCUGGAGGCAGAUCUGGAGCUGCAGACGCAGAUGAACGGCAUCAGUCUGAGCAGAUGCCUCGUAAAGACGCUGCAAAGUGGCAGAAAGCUGGUCCAGAAGCUCUGUUUGUCCGGCCACUGCUCUGAGCUCGUUUUCCAAGUGGAGUUCAAACUCUCUGAGAUGAAGGUGGGUCAGAGCUGUGAGCGGAGGCUCAGCGAACUGAACGUGGUGCUGGACUCCCCAGACCUGCGGAGCUUCAGCAGCUUCCUGAGCAGGGUGGAGGAGAGCGGGGACCUGCUUCUGUUCUUCAGGACUCUCCGGACUUUCUCCGACCGAUGUGACGACCGCGCCAGAACCUUCAGGCACUUCCAGCCCUCGGAGGCGGCUGGAUUCAGCAAGUAA